CUUCGAGCACUGGUCAAAUUGGAAUAAUUAAAGCACGCCUCAGUGAGCUCCGGGUCUUGGGAGGAGUUGCGCGGCUGAGCUCGAAGCUUUGUCAGGUGGGUUCGGAGGUUUGGUGUGUGACAAGUUCUUGCUUGACCAUGCCAUUCAGCCGUUUCGGCCUUUGCAGCUUACCGCUUGAGAGAGAGAGGGAAAAGAGAGAAAAAUAGAGAGAGAGAGACAGGAGACUUGCGCCUUGGAGAUACCAUCCGUGGCCCGGAACUGACCCACUUGCUGUGAACUUCACCGAUGAAGUGGGUCUACAACUUUGGCGCCGGCGAGGCGGACGGCCGGGCAGGGAUGAAGGACCUGCUGGGCGGCAAGGGCGCCAACUUGGCGGAGAUGGCGGCCAUCGGGCUGCCGGUGCCGCCGGGCUUCACCUUGACCACGGAGGUGUGCACCCACUUCUACAAGCACGACUGCUUGUACCCGGACGAUUUGAAGGAGCAGGUUGCGGAGGCGCUGCGGCUAGUGGAGCAGCGUGCGGGGCGCAGGUUCGGAGACCCGUCCAACCCAUUGCUCGUGUCGGUGCGCUCGGGCGCGCGAGCCUCCAUGCCGGGCAUGAUGGACACAGUACUGAACCUGGGCCUGAACGACAAGACGGUCGAGGCCCUGGCCAAGCGGAGCGGCGAUCGGCGCUUUGCCUUCGACUCCUACCGGCGCUUUGUGCAGAUGUACUCGGACGUGGUGCUGGGUAUCGAGCUCAAAUACUUCGAGAAGCUUUUGGAGCGCGCGAAGGCGCGGCGGGGCGUGAAGGCGGAUCAUGAGCUGCCGGUCGAGGACCUCGAGCAGCUGGUGAAGGAUUACAAGGAGGUGGUGAGUCAAGAGCUCUUCUGGGGCGAAGACUUUCCGGACGAUCCGGAGGAGCAGCUCUGGGGCGCGAUCGGGGCAGUCUUUGGCUCCUGGAUGAAUCAGCGGGCCAAGACCUAUCGCCACCUCCACGACAUCCCGGAGACCUGGGGCACAGCGGUGAACGUGCAAGCCAUGGUCUUCGGGAACAUGGGCGCGGACUGUGCCGCAGGCGUCGCCUUCACACGGAACCCCUCCGAUGGGCGGAAGGACUUCUACGGGGAGUUCUUGGUGAAUGCCCAGGGGGAGGACGUGGUGGCGGGCAUCCGCACACCUCAGGAGCUCACCAUCAAGGCCCGCAAGAGCCACGGCAGCGAGCUGCCGAGCUUGGAGGAGACGAUGCCGAGCAUCUUCCGUGAGCUGUGCGCGGUGCGCCAGCAGUUGGAGACACACUACAAGGAUAUGCAAGACGUCGAGUUCACCAUCCAGCAAGGCCAGCUCUACAUGCUGCAGACGCGCACGGGCAAGCGCACGGGCCAUGCAGCGCUGCAGAUUGCCGUAGACAUGGCCCAGGAAGGUCUGAUCUCGAAGUCGCAGGCGCUGAUGCGCCUGAAGCCGGAGCUCAUCGACCAGCUGCUGCACCCCACCCUGGACCCCCAGGCCCAGAAGCAGGUCAUCACCAAGGGGCUUCCGGCCUCCCCGGGCGCGGCGGCCGGCAAAGUGGUCUUCACUGCGGACGAGGCGGUGCGGCGCUUGAAGCAGGGGGAGAAGGUGCUGCUGGUGCGCAUCGAGACCAGCCCGGACGACAUCCACGGCCUGCACGCGGCCGAGGGCGUGCUGACGACGCGGGGCGGCAUGACGAGCCACGCCGCGGUGGUGGCGCGGGGCAUGGGCCGGCCCUGCGUGGCAGGGGCUGGGGAGGUGCAAGUGGACUACACCGCCAAGUGCUUUACUGCCGGGGACGUCACCGUGCAGGAGGGCCAGGUGGUGACCAUCGACGGGGGCACCGGGGAGGUGAUCUUGGGAGAAGUGGCCACGGUGCCGCCGCAGCUCUCCGGAGCCUUCGCCACGGUGAUGGCCUGGGCUGACGAGGUGCGCACGCUGCAAGUCAGAGCCAACGCGGAGACGCCCAACGACGCGCGCCAGGCCAAGGAGUUCGGUGCGGAGGGCAUCGGCCUGGUGCGCACGGAGCACAUGUUCUUCGAGGGGAACCGCAUCGUGGCCAUGCGCCAGAUGAUCUUGGCGGCGGAUGAGGCGGACCGCAAGGCCGCGCUGGAGAAGCUGCUGGUAAUGCAGCGCGAGGACAUCACGGAGCUGUUCCGCAUCAUGGAGGGCCGCCCCGUCACCGUGCGAUUGCUGGACCCCCCGCUCCACGAGUUCCUGCCGCACUCGGAGGCCGAGAUGGCCCAGGUGGCCAAGGCCGCUUCGGUGCCGCUGAGCCGCGUGAGGCGCCGCGCGGCCGAGCUGCACGAGGCGAAUCCGAUGCUCGGCCACCGGGGCUGCCGCCUGGCCAUCACCUACCCGGAGAUCUGCCAGAUGCAGGCGCGUGCCAUUUUCGAGGCCGCCGCAGAGGUGGGCAAGGAGGCGAACAGGGCGCCGGUGGCGGAGGUCAUGGUGCCCCUGGUGGCAACCUUCGAGGAGCUGAGUUUGCUGAAGACGGUGGUGGAGCAGACGGCCUCGGAGGUGCAGAAGGAGCAGAAGGUCAGCAUCAACUACCGGGUGGGCACCAUGAUCGAGCUGCCCAGGGCGUGCCUGCAGGCGGGGAAGUUGGCGCAGCAGGCAGACUUUUUUAGCUUUGGCACCAACGACCUCACGCAGACCACCUAUGGCCUGAGCCGGGACGACGCGGGGGCCUUUCUGCCGGAGUACAAGGCCAAGGGUAUUGUGGACACGGAUCCCUUCGUGAGCUUGGACCAGGAGGGCGUGGGCGAGCUGAUUUGCGUGGCCGUGGAGCGCGGCAGAAACCAGCGGGACGGCAUGAAGAUGGGCAUCUGCGGGGAGCACGGCGGGGACCCAGCCUCCAUCGAGUUCUUCAACAAGGUUGGCCUGGACUACGUGAGCUGCUCGCCCUUCCGAGUGCCCAUUGCGCGCCUGGCCGCCGCGCAAGCAGCGCUGCAACAGAGAGGGGAGAAGUCGUUGCAGGCCUCCACCCAGGCCGCCAGACCCCGGGUGCCCGUCUACGGCCCCUGGUGAGGGACGCGAUGGACGUGGGGUGUUCGGCGGCGGCUUUUCGGCGCGCUUGUUUUUUGUUUCGGGCCUUUGCCCGAAGGGUCAGGUUUGCUAUGAUUCAUACGGAAACUGGCUCAGCUUCCGGCUGAGGCCUUUGUUCAGUUUUGGAGCCCGCUGAAAGUCUACCCAAGAUGGAUGGAAGCGGCUCCCCAGUUUUGGCAAGCCCGGCUUUGAAUGGCGCUUGCUUUUCUGCCACACAACAGCAGUGGUAGGGCUUUGUGCCCGCUCCUUCUGUACAGUGGGCGCGGUGCAAGCAUUUACGUAGCUUCUUCACCCUGAAUUAUGGUGCCCGAUGCUUGGCAACCACUAUGGCAGAUGGCCGGUUUGCUUUUGACCUCUAGGUUCUACUCUGGCUUUCCCUGGUUGCUUGCCAUGGUCGCUUGCCUGGAAGCACUGGGCUGAAGUAUGGUAGGGACGCUGCAAGGACGGACUGAGCUCAGUUUGCGUCAAGACGCCGUUCACUUCAGGUCGUGGAAUGCCCUGUGCAGGCAGCAUGACUUGGCUAUCACAGACCGCAGACCAGAGAGGUGCGCGC